CACUUCCUGUCAGCAUGCAGAGAAACUGGAGCAGCAAACAGAUUUGCACAACUCUCAGACGGUGUUCAACCAACAGGACUGAAGCUAGGUUUUGGUUCUGGAUUGCAAUCCCUGGAUUCCUUUGGCAUUGUGGAUAUGAGAAGCAUAGAGGAGGAAUUGGUGGGCAUGCUCGGAUCCACCAUGCAAAUUCCAUGCACCAGGUUGAGCCGUUUCAGGCUUCGUCCUAUAAGCCCAGCGAGGAGCAAGCGUGUGAAGCCAUCCUCCCAGAAGAAAAAAGCCAGAAAUCCCAGCCCCACCGAGAUGAGCGUGGAGCCCUGGGCCAGCCCGCAGGACCAGGCAGCCGCUGAGCAGUACCCACACGGCACCCACGCGCCAUCCUCCCAGGACGAGGAGCAGCACCCCGACAAACUGUGCCUGGAUUCCUUCUGGAGCGAGGUGGAGACCAUUCAGCAAGGGAGUGGCUACACAGACCUCGAGUGCAGCAGGAGAGACUCCAGACAAUCAGAGGAAGGCGAACAGGAGGAGCAGUGGCUGGCCGAUGCUGGCUUAUCGACCCUCAUCAGCGACGACAGCGAGGAUGUAGACAGAGCGGUGCUGCUGUCCACUCUGACCCGGACCCAGGCCGAGGCCGUCCAGCGUCGGCUGGAUUCCUACAGGCUGUCCCUCCGCAAGAGGAACAAACCGGCGCCGCGAGACGUUCGCGACAUCUUCAACUCCCCCAUCACUCAGACUCUUCUUCCUGAGUCUCAGCAUAGUGACGACUCUGCCCAGACCAGCAUGGCAUCGGUUGCAAGAAAUCCGCUUUCAGCUGUGAUGCCGGAGCAUCAUAAAGGCGCUCCAAAAGAGGAAUUCUUCAUCACCGACGUGGCCUUCUGCGAACAGGCCGUCAUCUUCCUCAAACAGGCCAAACUUCCGCAGAACCACAGCCAACGCAGAAAGGAGGAUGGCACGCUGCCUCGGGUGAUCUGUCCCAAGUGCCGUCUCGGAGUGACCUGUAUUCAGGAUCUCUCCCACUCUGACAUGAAGAAGGUGCGUCAGUUGGCUCUCAUCGACAUGACGGCGCUGUGCGACCUCUUGGAGCUGGAGGUCAAAAGGCACAAAAUCAGCAAGAGGAAAAUCCCAGACAGCACGCUCUACGGUGUGCCGCUGGCCACGCUGCUGGAGAACGACCAGAGAAUUAAGCCCAACACCACGACUCCACUCUUCAUGCAGGCGUUGUUGUCAUUUUUGGAAAAGAAAGGUGUGGAUUCUGAGGGGAUUCUGCGGGUUCCAGGAUCUCAGUCAAGAAUCAAGCUGCUGCAGCAGAACUUGGAGACCAACUUCUACUCGGGGCCGGUCAGCUGGGACGAGGUGAGUCCGAACGACGCCGCAGCGCUGCUUAAGAAGUUCAUCAGGGAGCUGCCCGCCCCGCUGCUCACCUCCGAGUACCUCAACACCUUCAGUGCUGUCAGAGACAUCACAGAGCUGAGGCAGAAACUCCACAUAUUGAACCUGUUAAUCCUGCUGCUGCCUGAGCCCAACAGGAACACACUGAAGGCCCUCCUCGAGUUCCUCAGUAAGGUGGUUUCUAGGGAGAAGAGGAACAGGAUGAACCUGUGGGCCGUCGCCACCAUCAUGGCUCCCAACCUCUUCCUCCAUAAGGCCGUCCCCAGCCGGCUGACGGAAGGGGCUGAGAAAGGUCACGCGGAGAAGGCAGCUGAUGUCAUGAGGCUCCUCAUCCGCUACCAGGACCUGCUCUGGACGAUCCCCAAUUUCCUCAUGAGCCAGGUGCGUAAACUCAAUGACAACAGUAACCGGCGUUACCAGUUCUACGACCGCCGCAUCAAGAACCUGCUGAGGAAGAUCCACACAGACAGCAGCGAAAAACCGGAUAAGAACACCCCAGAGCCGUGCCGCACAGUGAAGAUCCAGGUCGGGGAUCAUGUGAGCAGCACCAUGGAGUUCCAGCUCAGCAUCAACUCCCGAGCCUCGGACCUGCUCGCCCAGUUUCAUCGCCAGUCCCACCGCAGCCCGGACAACGGCAAGGGCAAAAUGCGAAGAAACGGCUCCGUGGCGUAUCCUGACUGCGCCCUGUACGAGGUGGGAGGGAAUAUCGGUGAGCACUGCCUGGAUCCCGACACACACCUUCUGGAUUUGUACAACAGCAACUCUGGAGGAGAGUGGGUCAUCAAGAUGAAACCCAACGCCAGCAGACAGCUGUGAAGGACGGACCAACAGACCGGGGAACAGGUUGCUUAAGAAGGACAAAGGCAGAGCCUAAAAAAAAAAGAUCAAAUCCACGCAGCCCUCUCUUCUCGUCCUUUUCAUCCUUGGAGCAGCGCGGGAGACGGAGACAGAUGGUCAGAUGGAAGAAGCAGAAACAGAUAGAAGGAGAAUCUGCCAGGAGCAGAGCCGAAAAAACUGUCUAUGAUCAGAUGAACACACUUUGCCCUCCGUCUCUUUCUCUCUACCUCUUUCUCUCUCUCUAUUUUCCCCUUCUUUUUCUCCCUUCACCCUUUCAUUCCUCGCCUGCGUUACCGCGGCGCUGCGACGCUGCGAGCACAAAGCCGCUGAUUUGACUCAUUACUUCCGACGGAGAACCUGCUGCAUACGAAACAGAAGAGCGAGGCCGGGCAGUUCUGUUCAUCUUUUCCUCUCAAGCAGUCCAGUCCCACCAUGAGCGAGCAGAUGGGGAUGCAGAGCACCUCUGGCUAUGGACAGCAAAGGCCCCGCCCCCUCCUCAGGCCAGUCAAUGUGUUUUCAAAUCAUAGUUUUCACCUCAGCAGUUUUUUGCAAAAAGCUGAAACAUGAUUCAGGAGCUUUACACGCAUAUUAUUGGUUACAUUUGGUGUCUAAUCCUCUGCCAGACAGAAGAUUAAUUAUUGACCUUGGAAACCGCAGUGAGUCGCUACCUGAGGAAAUCUGGUUCCUCUAAUCCCCCUAUCUAAAACUGCAUAUAAACACUGUGGCAAACGUAGUUAUCAAUUUAGCUUGUGAUUUGGACUAACUCUAGUUAUAUGUCAUGCUUUUCAAAUUGCUGAUAAUUAAAAAAAUAGCAGCGAUGGAAAAUAAUUAAAAUCUGAACGCUAGUGGCUGCAGCUAACCUGGAGACAGAGCAGGACUUGAGUUACCAACUGAUCGGUCGGUGAAGAGAGCAGCUCGUUUCCAGCUCAGACAUUUUGAUCAAAACGUAAACAAAGACAAAAGAUUCCUCUCUGUGCCAUUCAAAGAGAUGAACAGAUAUGUUCUUAUCUGUGAAACCCUGCAAUCUCCUGGGCCUUAUAUAAAAAUUAAAAAUUAAAAAUCCAUGGACUUCCAAGGACCCCUGAUGUGUACAGAACUGUACUCAACGAGACUUUUCUCCUCUUCUUUUUUUUGACGCCAAGGGAUUUGGUGUCACAACCUCAAGGACAGCUACUGCACCUCUAAAGGGAGUUAUUCAGGACUCAGUGAAGCUGGUCUUCAGUUCUCAUUUUUAAACGCAUGAAUGGAGCCAAAAGUGCUCAAGUGACUCUUGGGGUGAACUGGAAUUAUUGUUGUUAUUUAUAUGAAUGUAAUGCCAUUGUUGCUUCUGUAUGUGAUGAGUAUUACGUAGGCUGUAGAGAGACUUUAGGAUCACGUGGAGUUGCUAUAAAAAGUAUGUUGUGUGAAGUCAACCAUACUCAGUGUGGUUAUAUUUGCAGUGUUCUUGUACAGAUUGAUUGAUGCUGAGUUGUUUUCCGAUACAACACGGCAACAGUACAGUGUAAUGUCACGUGUAAAUAUUCAUUCAUAUACACUCUGUUGUGAACAGGUGCUGAAAUCACUGCAGUGGAACUGCAUUGAUUGUGUCGCGAUACUCAAAGUGUUCCGAACACACGCACGCGGCGAAUGAAUGUGUUUAACAUUUUAGCGCCGAUCGUCAGAUGAGAAUCAUUUACUCCUCGCAGCCGGAGCCAUGUUGGUACUCCGCGGCCAUUUUGUGGGGAAGCGUCUCGCACUCUCCACUCAAUAGAUGGAGUCAUGACAGCCGGGCGCUGCACCGACAUCCAUCAACACCCUCGGCUGCAUCUCCGUCACCUCGUAAUAAUGGACCGCGACGGCAGUUCGGUGCAUCAGAAACACGCCGAGGAAUCGCAUUUCUUUGAUAAAGGAGAAGGUAAUAAAUGACUGUUAUAAAUUCUGCCGCCCUGGACCCGACGACAGCAGCAGUGUGUGUGUGCGUGUGUGUGUGUGUGUGUGUGCAUGCAUGUGUGUGAUGAGCUUCAUUACACAAGUCCAAUUGGCCUGUCCCAGGGUCCCAGGCACAGUUCAGUGCCUCGGCACAAAGCGAGCUGAUGAAACUGCCUUCUGCUGACAAUCAGGAGAAAUAGGUCACCUCUGAAGCAGAAUCCCAGAGGGCGAGAAGCGUGGGUCCAAACGCCCCCGAGGAGCCGAGAACGUGGACAUGAAGUGUGGAUACGCAAACAUGAUGCGGGGUCACCAAAACGGGGGGCUCCAGUUUACCUGAGUCUUGUGUAUAUAUGUGAAUGUGUUAGUGUGCGACAGAAAGAGCUUCCGAGAACAGUGUUAUCUAUAUAAUCGCCCAGGGAGACGACACGAUGAACCGUUACAGGAACAUUUGUUUCCAGCUGUGGUCGAAGUGUUGCCGGGGACUUUUUAUCGUCUUCAUCGAUGUCCAGCUUUUAUGAUGGUGAAGAUUUUACACGUCAGUCGGCAGACGUCAGAAUGUAUAUUUAUGCCCGUUACACGAGUCGUCGUUUUUAAUACUUCUGUGAAAACAGUAUUUGCUGUAGGAAGAAACACUUUUGAAAAACGGUUUUGUCAAUAAAUGUGAAUCGAAUGUUG